CAAAGAUUGGACUCGAACUGGAACGGCACCGCACUGAAACCAAGCGCCAAAACAACGACUCCAGUCGCACUGCGACACGUGAAGACGCGGCGCCUGCCCUGGGCGGAUAGCGCAGCUGCUAUCGAUAAGCUCCUACAAGUGCCAAGAGUUGCCCCCUAUCGGAUCGCAUCAGAUGGAAAUCAGCCAGGGUUCCCUCCAUUCCGCCUCCACUGCCGCUGUGAACGAGCACCUCGAUGGACGACGGAAAGGAAAGCUCGGGCCCCACUCACCCCUGGGCGGCUCGUAUGGACGCGGCUCAUCCCAGAGGGACGACAGCAGGACUUCGACAUCACCGCUAGCAAUUCCAUAAUCCGUAUCUAAUCAUUUACACAACACCAUCUUUUCCCUUCCCGUCGAUCCUUUGUACGAACAUCGAUUUACGUCGCAUGUGAGAUCCAAUACCACGCGGUUCUAGUGCCGGGCAGUUCAAUAAAGCAACGGCGGAUUCGCGGUUCGGUUUGGUUCUCUUUACACUUUCUGUGUAUUGUUUUUCAACUUGGCAACUUUCAGACGGCCGCCCGCCUCGCUGUUGUCGCAAAAGUAUAAUUUGCAGCCAUGUUGUCUUUCAUUCUCAUCCAGAACCGACAGGGUAAAACCCGUCUAGCAAAGUGGUAUGUCCCCUACAGCGACGAAGAAAAGAUCAAGCUCAAAGGCGAGAUCCACCGCCUAGUAGCCCCCCGCGACCAAAAAUACCAAUCCAACUUCGUCGAGUUCCGCAACCACAAGGUCGUGUACCGACGAUACGCGGGCCUGUUCUUUUGCGCCUGCGUCGACACGAACGACAACGAGCUAGCCUAUUUGGAGGCCAUCCAUUUCUUUGUCGAAGUGCUGGACAGCUUCUUCGGCAACGUGUGCGAGCUGGACUUGGUCUUCAAUUUUUACAAGGUGUACGCCAUCCUGGACGAGGUGUUCUUGGCGGGCGAGAUUGAGGAGACGAGUAAACAGGUUGUCUUGACGAGGUUGGAGCAUUUGGAUAAGCUGGAGUGAUGACGGAAGGAAAUAAGGCGUUGGAAGGGAAGAAAAGGGCGAAACGGAUAAGGGGCUAGGAGCCAAGGGGGGUGGAUGAAUGCGGAAAAAAAAGGGGGGCGGGGGGCGGCUGACUGACGAACCGCGACCGACCGGCCGACCGACCGACACACCAAAAUAUCAACCAGGGGCUUGGGAUGGACGACGACGAAUACUGACUUCCGCACUUGGACGGCUCUCGGCAAUUCCAGCCGAACAUACGGGUGCAGUAACGAGGUCUGACCUUCUGCCGGAAUCGUUCGAACGACCCAGACCCUCGACCCCAUCAACACAGAGCUGAGCUGGCUGGACCUUACAUGACCACGACCCUCGGACGGGAAAGCUUUGGGUUAGUAGACGUCAACCCCUGCCGUCCACACUUCCAAUGAGAGAAACGAUCACCGACUAUCCAAGCAUCGAAAAGGGAUGACAAGAGAGAAGGACGCGAAGAGGUGGUUACAUAUACCCAUAUCACACAUAAGGGGCAGGAACAUGUUCAGCAAACACUGAACAAGCAAGCUGCCUAUUCUACCACACCAACAGCCCCUUAUAUAUCAGGGCUUCUGAGCUUAUACUUAGAGUAAUCGAUCAACUAAUCUUACAAAGACACCGCGUCGCGAGAUCCGAAACGCAUUGCUCUAUGAAAUAUUGGUGUUCCUUCACGACUCUGCCUGAGAAGCUUCCGAUGUUCUCUUCCAAAGCAUGAAGUUUUCGUCAGUGGCAAAUAAAUGAACCGUCUCUGCAGCUCAGCAACGAAGCGAGCCUCAAU